CCACUUAAGCGCCACACACAUAAGUUAUUUGUUUAUUAAUGUGCCUGUCGAUAGAAAAGACGUGAGUUUAUUGCUAACGGGGACAUCGCAGCCAUGCAAAGACGAAAUGUGUCAUCUUGGUGCUUCUGAUGAUAAAAUCGAAGGGGGGGGAAACAGUCGCAUUUCAGCGUUCGCUAAUCCAAACUCACAGGGUCUCUGUGGCGUGAGAGACGAUGGGGCGACUGGACAAUGCAGCCAAACAAAAAGUGGUGGAGCUGCGGGAGGCUGGUCUUAGUUUCCGUAAGAUCCAAGCUGUGCUGGAGCUUGAGAACAUCAAGGUGUCUGCUCAGGCCAUCUACCUGUUCCUGCGGGAGUUCCACGGGAGGCCGCCAGGGAGGGUCAGACCUGUGGAGAGUGGAAGCAGUUUAACACCAGCGCAUGUGCAGGCUCGGCCAGGCCCAAUGCAAGAGAGCUGGAGGAAAGUUCACCUGCAAAACCUGCUACAUGAGGCAUCUCAUCAGGCUAGUCUUACAGCACCUGCAGACCUUCCCAGACAAGCUACAACAAAUCAUGAAGCCAGUGGGUCUGGGGAGACCAGGGGAGGGAACAGGCCAGAGCGGCAACAUGAGGCAGAUAAGGAAGAAAAUGAUAUACAAAUUGUCAGUGUCACUUCCCUUGCCCAGAACAGCCAACAGAAGGGUCCCCAGUCCACUGUAACAAGGGCAGAGACAGCCACUGCGUCUUCCACUCUAGCGUCUUCUGGGACAUUCCUUAGGAAGAGAGUUACACCAUCUCCAGCUACCAAUUCAAUGCUGGCAGCUCGAAAGAGGCUUUUGGAUAAAGCACUUUCACACAAAAUGAAGUCCUUCCAGCAGGUGGCAUCGUUGUUGAGGAGAGAUCACUCAACUGUCCAAGCAGGUGAUUUGAGAAGUGCAAUGUCGCAACCAUCUCAAACUUAUGAUCUGACCACAGACAAGGCUGUUACGGAGCCUCAGCCCAUUGGAGGUAAUGCCACCAGGCGUUUCCUUGCACAGAGGCCAGGUGUGUCUGUCCGCUCCUUUCACCCUUUGACUCGUGUUGGCAUACGUCUUCCUAACCGGCCACUUGCACCCGUAACAUCCUCUGGUCCAGGUGGUGCUGUCAUACGUCUACAGACCCCUGGGGGCCAUGGAGGAACACGUAGCGAAGGGAACCCAAGCCCCCAGCAGGCCAUGCAGGAUGCUGCAGGAAGAGGUGGACUGCAGGAUCAGAUCCAGAGCCUGGGCUCUGAGGUGCGUAGCUUGGGCUUGGCAGUAAAGAUGCUGGUGGAGCAGCAGUGCCGCCUGGAAAGGGAGCAGGCUCAGCAGACACACAUUCAGAAGCAGAUUCUCAGCACUCUACAGAGCCUUGGCACCAAGAUGGGACGCUGUAGCAGUGCCCAGCAGCAGCACAAUAAAACUCCGUCACCCACUGCUUUGCCAACAGCUCCUGCAUCUACCUCCUUCAACCAAGACACCUUCAACUUUAGCCAAGGCACGUACACCCAGUGCAGCCAGACCCAGCCAUGCUACACCUCUAUAGAGAGUUUAGAAAACGUUGAAGCCUUUAAACUGCCAGGACUCAGCCCUUUAAGCAUUAAUGGGUUCCCACCAUGUAGCAAUACUGAGAACCUCCAACUUACUCACACACCUACGCAAACACACUCGUACGCAGCUGCAUAUUCGCAGCAAUCAGGUCAACCUCUCGUCUCACCUUACACCCAGUCCUACAUGUCCACAUACACCCAGCCACAUUCUCAAACUCUCAGAGGAUCAGAAGGCAAAAUGUCCCAAGAGUUCCCAAACAGCUGCUCAGCCAGGACUCUGCAGGACUGUAGUUUGUCCACCCCAUCGGUGAUGGACACUAACCUUUCUUCACAGGAUCAGCAGAUCAGUGUCAUCAAGGUGGAAGAACCUUAGACGAUGUAAUUAGAAGUGGUGAUUUAGAACCAAAAAGGGCUUGACGUGCUUUAGUAUAAAGUGACUUUAGUAUAGAUACAUGUUUUUUAAAUUAACUUGUGUAGCCUUUUCAUAAAUCCUUUAUUUCUAAAGUACAUUUUAAAAGCAAUACAUAAAAAGGGAGUAGAAUUGUGUAAUAAAUGUUUUAUUUAUAGGUUGUCAGCACCAAAACAAAACAAGUAUUUGUCAUUUGUAAGAAAAUCAUUCUUGUUUAUUUUGUAUACACAUAUUUUGUCACGUUAGUUUUCACAUCUGUGCCAACUAAUUAAAAAAAUGAAAAGCCGG